AUGCAGUUCCAUUCAGCCACCUUCUUGGCUUCGUCCCUGUCGGGCAUCUCGCUCGUCGUAUGUCUGCUCUUCGUCGGCAACAUCUACAUGGACAUCCAACAAACCUGGAACUACCUUGACGACGAAAUCAACGUGUUCCGUGCCAACACCGAUGACAUGUGGAGAGACAUGAUGCAACUCAACAUCAAGUCCCGCCAACGUCGUGACGCCGGUUACGAAGGCGGUUCCGGACCAAGCUCCUCGUCUCACGGUGGAGCUUCAGCCCCAGGAGUCCCAUCCGGAGCUGCCCCACCAGGUGUACCACCAUCCCUCGCCAACGAAUCCAAGAAUGGUCCAGGCUGCCAAUGCCAAACCGAAAACAACAAGUGCCCAGCUGGACCACCAGGACCAAAGGGAGUCAACGGAAAGGCCGGAGAACCAGGAUUGCCAGGAAUCGACGGUAUUCCCGGUAAAGACGCCCAAGAUGCUACCCCAGAACGCCAAGACACUGGAGCUUGCUUCAACUGCCCAGCUGGACCACAAGGAGCGCCAGGACCAGUCGGACGACCAGGCCCACGUGGACACAACGGAGCCAAGGGACAAGCUGGACUACCAGGCCGCGACGGAAACCCAGGACCAUGCGGAGAAUCCGGCCCACCCGGACCACCAGGAAACCAAGGACCUCCAGGCUACCCAGGAGAGAAGGGACGCGACGCCGAGCACCCAGUCGGACGCCCUGGACCAAAGGGACAACGUGGACCACGAGGACCAGCUGGAUCCGCCGGAAACGAAGGAAAGAACCCAGGACCAGGCGCCCCAGGCCCACAAGGACCACCUGGCCCACCAGGACCAGCCGGAGCUCCAGGAAACCCAGGCCGCGAAGGAGAAGAAGGACCAAGUGGACGACCAGGCAAAGAUGCCGAAUACUGCCCAUGUCCAAACCGCUCCGGAGAUGCCGGAGUUGGUGGAGCCGGAGCUCACGGUGGAGCCAGCGGUGGAUACCGUCAAUAA